UAGUGUCGAAAUGAAGUUGACAAAGUUAAUGUUGCUCUUCGUGUGCCUGGGGCUUUUCGUAACCCUGGUGGUGAGUGCCGAUACGGACUCGGAUGCCGACUUGGAUUCGGCCGCCGAUUCCGAUGAGGAUGCAACCGCAUCCGGGUCCACAGCAACCUCAACCACAGAGUCCAGUGCCUUGGACAGUUCCGGUUCCUCAGAUGAUGCUUCUGGCAGUAGCUCCGAUGUGGACGAUGGUUCUGAUGACACUGAUUCUGGAUCCGACUCGGAUUACGAUACACCCACUACAGCUCCAGUCGUAAAAAGGAGGGCCAAUAGGAAGAAGGCGAACAACAACAAGAAGAGAGCUGGCAACAACAACAGGAAGAAGGCCAACAACAACAGGAAGAGGGCCGGCAGCAACAACAAUCGCAGAAGGAGGGCGUCCAACAACAACAACAGAAAGAAGGCAUCCAACAACAACAACAGGCGCAGGAACAACAAUGCCAGGAGGCGUGGUUAGAGCACAAAUGGUUGCCACAACAACAACAU